GAAUCCCCUUCAGUCUUCACCCACAAAUUCAAUUUCCAAUUUUUCAUCUUCUAGAAACCAAAGAGCAAAACCCUAGAAAUGGCACGCACCAAGCAAACCGCCCGCAAGUCCACCGGCGGCAAGGCGCCGCGCAAGCAGCUGGCCACCAAGGCCGCCAGGAAGUCCGCUCCGGCCACCGGCGGUGUGAAGAAGCCCCACCGCUUCCGCCCCGGAACAGUCGCCCUCCGUGAGAUCCGCAAGUACCAGAAGUCCACCGAGCUGCUGAUCCGCAAGCUGCCGUUCCAGAGGCUUGUUCGCGAAAUCGCUCAGGACUUCAAGACCGAUCUGAGGUUCCAGAGCUCCGCCGUGGCGGCGCUCCAGGAGGCGGCGGAGGCGUAUCUUGUCGGACUGUUCGAGGAUACCAAUCUCUGCGCAAUUCAUGCCAAGAGGGUUACAAUUAUGCCCAAGGACAUCCAGCUGGCUAGAAGAAUUAGGGGCGAGAGGGCUUAAUUCCAAUUUUAGGGUUUACUGUUUGGGGGUAUUAUAGUAAAUAGAUCGUCUUCUUCGUAGUGAAUUGGCUGUAACCCUAAUUUUUGAUGUAACAAUUUGAAGUUUCAUUUCAGUAAUGAGAAAAAAGGGUUGAACCUAAAAACAAUUCUUCUUUU